UCAUUUUCAUUUCGCAGCGAACGGCGCAGCAGUCCAGAACAAAAGUCGGGCAAUUCGAAAUCGGAAUCGGAGAUUGUUAUUUUUCGCCAGAUUCGCAAAAACCAAAAAGAAUGAAAAUAAAAUUGUCGCUAAAAUGCAACUGCAGCUAAAAAUUAUCGAGUAGUGUUAGUGCCGCCGAGUGUGUGUGUGCGCUUUUUAUCGAUCACACUCCGCACUUCUUCCUCCUUCCUUCCUCCUCACUCCUCUCUCUUUCACUCUGGCUCUCUCCAAUUGAAUUUCAAAGCUGAAAAUCGGAAAAUUAUACAAUUGCAUUCGCAAAUUACGACGUACACACGUACGUACGUACAGCACCCCCAAAAAAGCUGAGCAAAAGCGAGAUAAACGCAAAAUCAAAGUCAAAGAAGAAAACAGCAAAAAGGCAAGGAAAAUCUAAGGAAAACAAACAUUUUCUGGUGACCUCAGAUGCAGCUGCAAGUGCAAGUUAAAAAUACACAAACAAAGCGGAAAUAAGCAACAAAAAGCGGAAAAAGCACAAACAGUAACGGUUCAAACUAAAUCGAGCACAAAACAAACUCAAAACUAGAGCUACAGUACUUAUUUACAUGGCUGGAAAGGCAACCAUCAUCUAAUAUUUACUUAAAUAUACAGGCAGGCAGGCAGCCCACGCCUUUUAUCGCUUGUGAAUUUAUGAAUUUAUCAAACUAAAACAAAAACAAAAACUCAAUAACAAUUGACACACACAAGACCAAGCACACAACUGCAGUGGGAGAGCCAAAGAGAGAUUCAAAGAGAGCGUGAGUCGAAGAGAUAACUUGGGCUCUCUCCUUUGCUUUUGGCAUUCGCACGCGGGCAGCGACGCCAAGCGGACGUUCCUCCUCCUUCUUCGCCAUCACCAUUCGUGCUUUUCGACCCCUUUUUAACUCCACAAAAACCGCGUGUGCUCGGUACUUAGGCACCUAGGGAACCCUAACCCCCAAUCCCACCACCAUGGUGGACACAAACAGUUCAAAUCCCGGCAAUAUGGGCGGCAAUUCCGCCUCAUCUGCACGGCUAAGGAGAUUCGAGAGGACAGACAGCGAGUUGGCCUGUGAGGAGGCGGCUAGACUGACGGCCGAACAGAGUCCAGAGGAUGAGGACAACCAGGAGGAGGAUGAUGAGGACGAAGAGAGCGUCUAUGGGGAGCUGCCGCCUCCGCCGGACGGAGGAUACGGCUGGGUCAUCUGCUUCGCCAGCUUCAUGUGCAACAUGAUAGUGGACGGCAUAGCCUACACAUUUGGACUCUUUCUGCCGGAGUUUGUGUCCUACUACAACGAAGGCAAGGGCACGGUCGCCUGGGUGGGCAGUCUUCUGUCCGGAGUUUACCUGAGUGCCGGACCCAUCGUAUCCGCCCUAGCCAACAAGUACGGAUGUCGAGCUGUCUGCAUAGCCGGCAGCAUAAUCGCCUGCAUAGCCUUCGUUCUCAGCACAUUUAGUGGCACCGUGACCAUGCUGAUGGCCACCUAUGGUUUCAUGGGAGGAUUCGGUUUUGGUAUGAUAUAUCUGCCAGCUGUUGUAGCCGUGGGAUAUUAUUUUGAAACCAAGAGAAGUCUGGCCACCGGAAUCGCCGUUUGCGGUUCCGGCGUUGGAACCUUUGCCUUCGCCCCUCUGGCCAGAUAUCUUCUGGAACAAUUUGGCUGGAAGAACGCCCUGCUCAUAUUUGCGGGUCUAAUCCUCAGCUGCGCCAUCUUCGGAGGUAUGAUGAAACCCCUGACCUAUCCGAAGAAGAAGAAGCAGAAGCCCUUGAUGCAAAGAAUGUACGAGGAGAAACAGCUGCAGCUCGAAAGAGGGUCUUUUGCUGGUUCCCACUUCAUGGUACAGCUACCCGAUGGAACCAUGGAGCGUAAGCUUAAAAUGCCACUAAACGCCGAUCCAGGAGUUCACUCCAGCUUGAAUCUUGAGCUUCUAGCUCAACAGUCGGGCGGCGGAGGAGGUCUACAUCCAGUUUCCACUCUGCCCACCAUCACGGAAUCCAAAGUGGUUGAUGUCCAUAGGCAGAACGGCGCUCAAUCCCCUCCAAAUGGUGACAGCAAUGGGCAGUUAUCAGCUCGGUCCGCUGCUGGAGCCGGACGUCGCCCUCACAGGAAUUCCGAGUCGGAGAGCAGUCCAUAUCACUCGCAGGAUGCCAUGACCCGCAAUGCCUCGCAGCCCGCUUUCCUCGCCGGCGAUCAUCAGAGUUUGCCCAAAAACGGAUCCGUGCCUUCGUUCAACACGCGGGUAAGAAAAACCUCUGCCUCUGAACGCUAUCAGCCUUCAUUGGCCGCCAUCAGAGCCUCUUCUCGGGGUGACUUGGAGGCAGGAGCUGGCGGCGAUUUCGUCUCGUCCAAGCUGUCUCUCUCACAGAGGCAAGGCGGCAGUCAGUCGGGCAGCAGCGGCAGGAUGGUCCGACCCAUGUCUCGUAAGGAUAUCUUCUACUCGGGUUCCGUCACGAACCUGCCUCAAUAUCAAUCCCAGAAGUCCCUAACCAACUACAGGAAUUCGGUUCUUUCGCUGACAAAAUACGAGAAAAGCAUGCAGAGUGUGGCCAAGUUGGAUCCCUUGGCUGAGGCAGAGAAACACCGUGAGGAGUACGACUUGUGCCCCUGCCUGGGUAUUCCCGAUUCCGUUAAAUCUGUGGUCAACACAAUGUUGGAUGUGAGUUUGCUGAAGGAUCCUGUCUUCAUGAUGAUAGGAGUCUCGAAUAUUUUCGGCAUGGCCGGGCUGUACGUGCCUUUUGUCUACCUGGUGGAUGCGGCACAGGAACAUGAUGUACCCAAGAGUGAUGCCACCAUGCUGCUGUCCAUCAUCGGCAUCACCAAUACAGUGGGUCGUGUUUUCUGCGGAUGGGUGGCGGAUCUGCCCCAGGUCAACUCGUUGCUGCUCAACAAUUGCUGCCUUGUUGUGUCCACCAUAGCCGUGAGCUUGACUCCAUUGUGCUAUAGCUACUCGGCCUACAUAACCAUGUCGAUAUUCUUCGGACUGGCCAUCUCGGGAUACAUCUCGCUGACGUCAAUUAUCCUGGUCGACCUACUCGGCCUGGACAAACUAACAAAUGCCUUUGGACUGCUGAUCCUGUUCAGAGGAUUCGCCGCCUUGAUCGGAACGCCUUUGGCGGGAGCCAUCUACGAUAUGACACAGACAUACGACCUGCCCUUUUACAUGGCCGGUGCCUUGUUCGGAAUCUCUACGAUAACCAGUUUCCUGGCGCCCUUCCUGAAGCGAUGCAGUCCAUCCGAAGAGACUCCCGUGCAUGUGGAGACACUCACGCCCAUCGACGAGGAACAAGGCGAGGAUGCAGAGGACGAGGACGAGGAUCAGCCCAUCACCAUAGUGCCCAAGAUCAUCAAGACGCUGGCGAGUCCACAGCAAGAGGAGGGACAUCCACAGUUCCCCCAGAAGACAAACGAAUCGAAGCUCUAAGUGGGAUCAGUUGAGGAUAAGAUGAAUUUACAGGAGACAUUGCGGGGCUCAAGAGGAUCCGGUGAGAUAUUUUUCUAUUUACUUAUACAGCAGAGGAGGAGAUCUGAGAUCGAGCACACCUAUAUACAAAGCGGAGAAGACGGAUAUAUAUAUAAAGCCAGCCCCAUACCAUAUAUAUAUACAUAUACCUUUAAGCCUAAGCAACAGCCGGGGGGAUGAGAUGAAGAAAAAGGAAAAUCCACUUUUCUACCAAGAUAACUCAGCUUAGCUUGCGAUAAGAUAUAGAAGAAAAACCUUCGGCUAUAUAUACACUAUAGUACGCUCAUAAAUUACCGAUCGAAAACUGAUACCGAUCGCUGGUAGAUUGCAACUGUUAUACAGCAACCACAAAAUAUUGUAAAGUAACCUCUAUUAUUAUUUGUUUGUUAAACCCUACGAUUACUAUGAUUACCAUUAUGAUUACUAUUAAAGAUUAUUGUGUACUACUAUAACAUAGUUGUUGGCCAGGCGUUAGAAAUGUGUCAUACCGUAGAGAUGUGCUAUAUGCGAUAUAGCGAUAUAUAGCGUGUGUGUAAACUGUUAACUGUAAUCUGUAGCUAAGUAGAAGAGGCCCCAUUAACUUAAACAACAACAAACAGCGGCGACAGCAGCAACUAUUUCGAAAACUAAUAAAUUGUAUAUUUUUUAAGAAGAAACGCUACACACAGAACUCAAAACAAGAGCGAAAAGAACACAAAUGAACCGCAUUAAGAACUAAAAUUGUUUUCAAUUUUACACUCAUCAUUUAGGUGGCUAACACAAAAUACAAAUUUACGGCUCAUUUUUGUAAGUUAUUAACUAAACUAAACUCAAGUCCAGCAACAGAAAAACCAAAAGUUAAUACAUUUUUAAGGCUUGUGUGUGUCUGUUUUUAAGCUAUCCAAGUAAAUAGCCUAGUAGCUACGAACCAUAAGCAAUACGGCAAGUGCAGUUCUAUACAAACUAAAUUGUUCACGCGGCUAACUAACUAACUAAUUAAACAGUAUCAAAUAUGUACCACAAGAAAUAUUCUAAAUCUGUUAUACGCAUAAGGACAGGAGCAACAACAAGUGAACGAGAGGGUAACACAUCAAAUAAACAUUUAGAACAAUAAGUGUUGAAGGAAUGAGAAAAGCAGCCAGAAUAUGUUAGUAAUAAAAGAAAUUGCCAUACAUUUUAAAAA